CAUGGCGGCCUCCAGUGGCUGCGCCCAACGUGGAAGAUGCAGGAGGCAAAAACUGGCAGCCUUUGUUGCAUCUUUCUGGGCGCUGCUACUGCUGGGCUGUUUUUUGGAGGCUCAGGGGGCCACCGUUGCCUGGUAAGGGCCCCAGAGCUGAGGAAGACCCUUGGAAGGCUGGGCUUCUUCUCUUCCUCUGUUGUGUAAAUGCACCCAGAGAGUUUAUUUUAAAUUAGUAAGGCCCUCUCCAGAUGGAAAGAUGGCACAGAAUGGCAGUUUGGGGUGGAGGAAUUCAAUGAAUGAUGAUCUCUGCCUGCCAUAUCCUCCUCCACAACACGGACCUCAACGUCGCCUUCGGUACGUCAGGGACUGUCAAACUCUCCUGCUUGGCAAUGCCACUCAUGAAUUGUGGCCCAGCGACAACAGCAGCGUUUCUCCACUGGUUGUCACACGUGGAUUUGUUUCGUACAUUCCUCCAGAGGAUCGCAACGGUCGACCAGUGUAUGGCCAUUUCACGAUCGUGAGAGACCCUCUGAGGACAUUCUCUGUGCUGGAGCCUGGCGGGGCAGGUAGAUGCCGCUCCCAUAGUACAGCAACAGUGGAAGAGACUGCAAGAAACAGCAGGUGCCUCGUGGCUCAGAAUGGGGGCUAUUUUAACAUGGAUACGGGACAGUGCCUUGGCAACAUUGUGAGCGACGGCCAUCUUGUGCAAAGCUCCAAAGGAGUCCAGAAUGCUCAGUUUGGCAUCAGGAAGGAUGGCACUCUGGUAUUUGGCUACCUUUCCGAGGAAGAAGUGUUGGCUAAAGAGAACCCCUUUGUACAGCUUGUGAGUGGGGUAGUUUGGCUCUUGCGAAACGGGGAGGUGUAUGUGAAUCAGAGUCGGGCUGUGGAGUGUGAUGAAAUACAGACAACAGGGACUUUUGACAAGUUUAUCAAUACGGUGUCUGCCAGGACAGCAGUGGGGCAUGACAAACAAGGACAGCUGGUGCUGGUGCAUGUGGAUGGACAGACAAACACCAGAGGACUGAACCUCUGGGAAAUGGCUGACUUCCUGAAGAAACAGGGUGUCAUCAAUGCUAUCAACCUGGAUGGUGGAGGAUCAGCCACUCUGGUCUUAAAUGGAACACUUGCUAGUUACCCCUCAGAUCACUGUCAGUUUGAUGCCAUGUGGCGCUGCCCUCGACAGAUCUCAACCGUCAUGUGUGUCCAUGAGCCGCCUUGUCAGCCUCCGGACUGCAGCGGGCAUGGACACUGCUCGCUUGGACAAUGCCAGUGCAGUGGCGCUUUCUGGAGAGGGUCAGCCUGCAAUGUCCUGGACUGUGGGCCUUCCAACUGCAGCCUGCAUGGAAUGUGCACAGAGACGGGAUGCCUUUGCGAUGCUGGCUGGGAAGGCACUAAUUGUAGCGAAGUGUGUGCAAAGGGUUCCUAUGGUGAUGGCUGUCUCCAAAAAUGCCUCUGCCUCAAUGGAGGACAGUGUGACCCUAUCCAUGGAUCUUGCAUGUGCCCAGAUGGCUACCGAGGAACCCUCUGUGAAGAAGUAUGCCCCAUUGGACUUUAUGGACCAAACUGCCAACAUACCUGUCAGUGUCCAAACCAGUGUCCUUGUGAUCAGAAGACGGGCAGUUGCAACAUUUCUUCUGCAAUGGCAGGGCAGUGCUUGUUGAAAGACAAUCAGGAGGACCACCUUUUCACACAGAAGGCAUGGAUGGGUGUAACAGUCAGUUUGCUCAUCCUGCUUUUGGUCAGCUGCGCAGUGAACAUGAAGCUCCUCUUCUGCCGCUCCACAGUGCGAAGAGAGCAUGGAAAAUACACCUAUCAUCCACUGGAAGAAAUGAACGGGGAAACACACAGUUGUCCAUCAACAGCUUGGGAUAAAGAAGACCAGGUGGAGGAAGCCUGGGACCCAGACCAUACAGAAAGGGCUGACUCCCUUUGACCACAGGACAAAAGUGACAUCCUUUAUCACAGUGGCAAUUUGUAGCAAAAUCUUUCAAAGGCUUCCUUCUUUCUCAAUGAAGAACUCCACUGUAGAAGGUGCAGAGACUGUUGUCUCAAAGUAAGUCCAGAAUCUUGUUAAUGGGUUUAGAUUUAAGCCACAGUACAGGGACGUAGCCAGGAUUUUAGGAAGGGGGGGGUCCAGACUAAGUGCCACCAUUAUAAUGGGGCUUGAGUGCGGCGGCGCAGCAGCACACACCAUUCAUUUUUCUAAUGGAAGGGGGGGGGUCCGGACCCCCAGAUCCCCCACCCCCGGCUACAUCCCUGCACAGUAGGCCUGUCAAGCUUCGUUUUUCUAAGUGGGCUUAUUGGAGACGUAAGAGCUUUCAGGGUUAAUUUGGCUCUUUGACCCACGGUCUUCUUGGGCCUCUGGGCUAUUGAAUGUCUAGCAAGUGGUGUUGUUUGCCUUCAAGUCAUUUUUUGACUGAUGGCAACCCUAAGGUGACAGGGGAUUCUGGGGGUGGGAAUGGUUUCCAUGGCCAAGUGGGGACUCGAACCCUAAUCUCCAGAGGAGUUGUCCAACGUUGAGACCACUACACCACCCUGGCUCUUGCCUACCAGGUAACUACUGUAUAUACUCAUGUGUAAGUCUAGAAAUUUAGGUAAACUGAUCCAGAAAACAUGAGUUGACCUAUCCACAGGUCAAUGUGAGUACUGUACUUUAACUAAAAAGAACCGUCCCCUGCUGAAAGGCAAGAAUAUAUAUAAUCUGUACUGGAAGCACUGACCCCCUCUAUUCUCUCAUUC